UCACGACGGCGCGCCGGCCUCAGGAGAGGACCCCGUCGCGACCGCGUCCCCUCGGUCCUUGAGCCUGAACCCAGCGCGCAGCGAUGGCCUUGAGGCUGCUGACACUGGUCCCUGCGUCCGCGUCAGCGCGCGGCCUGGCGGCGGGCGCCCAGCGCGUGGGACAGCUUCACACCAGCACCCGGUGCGAGCUGCGGUAUGGGGCUUUGGCGUUUCUGCUUGGUGAUAGGACAACCAAGAAGCUGACGGAGUCCAGCAAAGUGAUCACUGUGGAUGGCAACAUCUGUUCUGGGAAAGGCACGCUGGCAAGAGCAAUAGCAGAGAAACUAGGCCUGAAGCACUUUCCUGAGGCAGGGAUACACUACGCAGACAGCACCACGGGAGACGGCCGUCCCCUGGACGUGGAGUUCAGUGGCAACUGUAGUUUGGAGAAAUUCUAUGAUGACCCGAAGAGCAACGAUGGCAACAGCUACCGCCUGCAGUCCUGGCUGUACGCCAGCCGCCUGCUGCAGUACGCGGACGCCCUGGAGCACCUGCUGAGCACAGGACAAGGCGUGGUUUUGGAACGCUCCAUCUUCAGCGACUUUGUCUUCCUGGAGGCGAUGUACAACCAGGGCUUCAUCCGCAAGCAGUGUGUGCACCACUACAAUGAGGUGAAGAAGAUCACGGCCUGCGAGUACCUGCCUCCCCACGUGGUGAUCUAUAUCGACGUGCCUGUGCCGGAAGUUCAGAGUCGGAUCCAGAAGAAAGGAGACCCACAUGAAAUGAAGAUCACCUCUGCCUAUCUCCAGGACAUCGAAAAUGCUUAUAAGAAAACCUUCCUCCCUGAGAUGAGUGAGAAGUGUGAGGUUUUGGUCUACAGUGCACAGGAAGCUGAGGAUGCAGAAAAGGUGGUAGAAGACAUCGAGUACCUCAAGUACGACAAGGGGCCGUGGCUCAGCCAGGACGACCGCACCUUCCACAACCUGCGCAUGCUGGUUCAGGACAAGUUGGAGGUGCUGAAUUACACGACCAUCCCUAUCUAUCUCCCAGAAAUCACAAUUGGAGCGCACCAGGGUGACCGGGUCUUCCGUGCAUUCAGAGAGCUUCCGCAGGCGCCUGGUUCCUGGCCUGGGGUCUCCCUUCAGUCUGACCGUUGUGACCAUUAUCACGUCUCCUGUCUGAACCUUGGGCUGAUCCCCCAGACACUCACCAUCUCAAGAUCCUCAACCCUCUUGCUGCCGGGCCGCAGGUACCGCCCUGGGUACAACGCCGACGUGGGCGACAAGUGGAUCUGGCUGAAGUGAGCGCGCCUGCCCAGUGAGCUGCACCAGGGCACAAAGACGCCCGUGUUCCGUCCCACUCGGGCUCCUCCGAGCUUUGAGUUGGGGGUGAAUGACAGUGGGCUGCACAGGAGAGGCGGCCCAGCAAAGGCAGUCCACCGUGCAGCUAGUGGGCUGGGGAAGCAGCUCCCUUCACAGGCUUUGUUUGGAAAACAUCUGCAGUCACCGCUGGGGGAGAAGCAACGUCGCGGUGGAAGCCCAGCUCCCACUAUGUCAGCCGUGGUCGCAGAAGAAAUAAAGCCGAUGCUUGCA